AGUUAACGCCAUUGGGCGACCUCGGGCAGGCUGAGGCACCCAAUGGUUCUGUCUCUAGCACAGGAAAUCCCCUCCCCCCUCUCUCUCUCUCUCCCCUCCUCUCUCUCCAACCACCACCACCAGCAGCACGGGCGAAUUGGGGAAUGUGUGUCAGGCAAGAAGGCAGGGCCCGGCUGGAGUGGAGGGGGGUGAGGGCAGACACAGUGAGUGUACUGGUGUGGCGAGCUGGGGAUAGGAGCGAGCAACACUUGUUGUAAGAGUAAGCGGGGAAGGGAGUUAGGAGGAGGAGGAGUGGGGAGGAUGGCUUGCCGAGCAAUAGCUUGCUGAUGUUGGUGGUGGUUUGCGCGUUUUUGUGGCCCUUUUUUUAAAGUCUCGGCGUAGUGAGAUUGAUAAAUCUCGCGUGCCCGCGGUGUGUGUGUGUGGUGUCUUGUGUUGCACUGGGCGAGCUUUGUUAAAACAACACAACACACACACACAAGCGUGGCAAUGCGAUCCAUUGUAAAGUAGCGGGGUAAGCCACUCGGCGAGGGGGCACAGCCGGUAGGUUGUCAUAAAUUAGGAUAGCUGAGGACGAAGACGAAGAAGAAGAAAACUCCCUCGUGUUGUGUUUGCUGCUGGGGACGACGACGACGAUGGUGGUGGUGGUGAUUUGUGACCGGGUCGGCGGUGGUGGUGAUUUUGGUGAACGCUGUUGGGAUGCGAUGAGGAGGAUGAGACUGGAGGAGGAGGAGGAGGGAGAUGGGAUAGCUAAGGGAUGUUAAAUCUUCUCGCAGAGGGGGUUUUUCUUCUUCUUCCAAUCCACUCCUUAUCCCACCGUUCUUCUGCUUUUGUUUGGUGGAAGAAGAAAAAAACACACACGCACAUACGUGCACACACACACGAGAGAUAAGGAGGCGGUAGAAGAAGAUUCGAAGGUGGAGGUUUCUGUGGAGUGAAAGAAGAAGAUGAUGAUGAUGCCGGUUUACAACGACCGUGUUUGAAUUGUAAACCGUUGCCAGCAUUCAGCCGGUUUUGUUUUAAUUAUUGAAGAAGAUAAAGCAAUGAAACCAGCGAAAUAAAUACUUACAAUUCUCAACCUGACCACCGCCAAACUGGAUUGAACACAACACAACACGACAACACAACAACAACACAUCACGAAGAUGAACAGCAACAUUCAUCAGCAGCAGCAGCAGAUGCAGCAGCAGCAGCAGCUGACCAACUCGACCGCGAUCCGAAGCGAAAUCCGGAGAUUCGAGAGCGUCCACCCGAACAUCUACUCCAUCUACGACCUCCUGGAGCACAUCGAGGACCCUCUGCUGCAGAAUCAAAUACGCGAGCACGUCAUCAGCAUCGAGGAUUCAUUUGUCAACAGUCAGGAGUGGACUCUGAGCCGGUCAGUGCAAGAGAUUAAAGUGGGAAUUCUAGGCAACCUGUCGAGUGGGAAGUCUGCGCUGGUGCAUCGCUAUCUCACGGGCACGUACAUACAGGAGGAGUCUCCCGAAGGGGGCCGCUUUAAGAAAGAGAUCGCCGUUGAAGGUCUCAGCUACCUCCUCUUAAUCCGGGAUGAAGGGGGACCUCCAGAGGCACAGUUUGCAGCGUGGAUGGACGCAGUGGUGUUUGUGUUCAGCCUCGAGGAUGAGAUCAGCUUCCAGACGGUCUACAACUACUACUCGCGGCUCUCUGCGUCACGCAACAUGGCCGAUAUGCCCAUCGUGCUGGUUGGGACGCAGGAUGCCAUCUGCGCCGCGAAUCCGCGCGUCAUCGACGACGCGCGGGCACGCAAGCUGUCCGGCGACCUCAAGCGCUGCACCUACUAUGAGACGUGCGCCACCUACGGACUCAACGUGGAGCGCGUCUUCCAGGACGUCGCUCAGAAAGUGGUGGCGAUGCGCAAGAAGUCCCAGCUCUCCGUCGGCCCGUGCCGCUCGCUGCCCAGCUCCCCCAGCCACAUCCUGGUGCAUUCCGCCUCCACCCCCUCCGCUGCCGUUGGCCAGGUGGUUGGUGGUGGUGGUGGUGGAGGAGGAGGCAGCAUUGCGAGCGAGACUCUGAGCGAAGGCUCCUCUUCUGUCCCGUCGACGCCCGGCGGAGGGCCUCGUGACGCCACCAAAUCCCGAGAGGGCCCGGUCCCGCCAUUGUCGGCCACUCCUACCCCCGUGCACAAACCCUCGCGUUGGCGGUCAAACAUCUUCGCCUCGCGGAAAGGCAGCGACUCGGACAAGAAAAGCCUGGACGGGAAAUCGGACAGCAUCGGGAGUGGCCGAGAGAUCCCCAUUAAACAGGGUGUUCUGCUGAAGAGGAGCGGCAAGUCGCUCAAUAAGGAGUGGAAAAAGAAAUACGUGACUCUGUGUGAUAAUGGAACGCUCACCUACCACCCAAGCCUGCACGAUUACAUGCAGAACGUCCACGGCAAAGUGGUGGACCUGCUGGGCACGACGGUGAAGGUGCCGGGAAAGCGCCCGCCGAGGGCCACCGCCCCCGGCAUGUCGGCCUCCGCGUCUGUGACGUCGGGCAGCGCGAUGAUCGGCGCCGCGGUCGGCUCACCGCUGGUUCCCGGAGCGAGUCCGAAGACCAAUGGGCUGAGCAAGGAGCUGAGCGGACUCAACCUCACAGGCCGCGCGCAGCCGCCACACACGCCGCCGCACGCCCACACCCCCGAGCCGCGGCACCAGCGCUCCUGCUCCGUCUCCGGCGGAGACUCCUGGAACGACGCCGUAAUUUUCAUCAACUCCAGCCUCGGAUCCGUGAAUGGCGUUGGUGAGUCGCUGUGCGCAAGCCCGAGCUUCCCGAGUGUUUUGGGGGGCACCAGGGGUGCCGAGCCCCCCUCUUCUCCGCACGCCGGGCGCAAGAAGCAUCGCCGAAAGAAGAGCACCAGCAACGUUCGUGCCGACAGCAUUUUCACUUCGGCAGACGCCAAACGUAGGGCAUGGAAACUGAGCCGCGUGGGUAGUUUGAGAAAUUUAUACAGCAGCAGCAGCGUGAACUCGGAAGACCAAGAGGAUUCCUACGAGUUCACGAUCGUCUCUCUGCGCGGCGAGACCUGGCACUUCGCCGCGGCCAGCGCCGAGGAGCGCGAGUCGUGGGUGGCGGCGGUCGAGGGGCAGAUCCUCGCCUCCCUUCAAGGUUGUGAGAGCUCCAAGUACAAGAUGCGACUCGGGAGCCAGAGUGACGCUACAGCCAUCCAGUCCAUCCGGAAUACCAAGGGGAAUGCAUUCUGUGCCGACUGCGGCGCACCGAACCCCGACUGGGCGAGCUUGAACCUGGGCGCGCUGAUCUGUAUCGAGUGCUCGGGCAUCCAUCGCAACCUGGGCACGCACCUGUCACGCGUGCGCUCCCUCGACCUGGACGACUGGCCGCUGGAGCUUGUGACGCUGAUGAGCGCCAUGGGGAACGCGCUCGCCAACCGCGUGUGGGAGGGACUCCUGCCGCCGGGGGCGUGCAAACCCACGGCCGACUCGCCACGCGAGGAGAAGGAGCAGUGGAUCCGCGCAAAGUACGAACACCGCUUGUUCGUGGCGCCGGCCCCCGGUAGCGGCGGUCGUGGCGUUGGCGCGGGAGGAGAGGGCGGCGCAUCGCUGGGCCAGCAGCUGCUGCAGGCCUGCGCCGAGGACGACCUCGCGGCGCUCGUGCUGAUGCUGGCGCACGCCGCGCAGGCCGACGUCAACGAGACGUACGGGGACGGCGACGGUCGAUGCGCCCUGCACCUCGCCUGUGCCAUGGCCAACCCCGUGCUCACUCAGCUGCUUCUCUGGUACGGAGCGGACGUGCACGCCCGCGACGCCCACGGUCACUCCGUGCUCGCGUAUGCGCGCCGGGGCGGCAGCCAGGAGUGCCUGGACAUUCUCACGCAGCACGGCUGCGUCGACGAGCCGCACGUCUCCCCUCCGAGCCGCGAGGGCUCCCUCAACCCCACCCCCAACUUGGCUCGCCGCAACAACGCCGCCACCGGCGGUGGCGGUGGUGGCGGCUCGACAGCACAAAACGCCGAGUCGGUCGUGGGCGUUGCGCAGCAGCAGAGGUUCGAGGCUCCGGGAUCGAGCUGGAGUUCCUCUGAGCAGUGUGCAGGAGCCGGCUAUGCACCGCACGCCGCGGUGAUGCACUCUUCCCAAGCGCACGGCAAGGGAGGAAGGGCCUUUGACUUUGUGGCUCUGAGCGGACAUGCGAGCAGCAACAGCAGCAAUGGGCGAGGCUUUGACCCGGGAAGUAAUGGCAGUGGACGAACAAAACUGUGAUACUCGGUGUGAUGUUUUUUUUUUACACUAUGUAUAUUGUAAUUGUAUAAUUUUUUUUUGACCGUGCUUUAUUUGCUAUUACAAAUGUAAUUGGAGGGGGGGAGGUUUCUGUCUGUGUAAAUCAAACUGCUGUGCAAGGUUUGAUUGUGGUCUGUUACACAAACAAUGCGGGGCCUGAAUGACAUAUAAAACAAACGUGUGUUGCUGCGUAGGUUGUUUCCACGGUUCACAGUCACAGCUCUCUGCGACUCAUUUUCCCUGCAUGUACCGCGCGAGUUGUUCUGCACGGCGUCCGAACGUUUCGCUGCACGUGGAGGGAAACUUUACCAGGUGUGAAGUCCCACUGAGCUCCA